AUGGUCCGGUUCCUUGUCGGAAAUGGUACCCUGACUUUGGGAGUGUCACAUAAUUUUGUUGGAGGUUCUAUUGAUUUUGAGACCGGAAAAAACUUCCUUGGGGACAUCUCCUUGUUCCGGAUGUGGGGAGUACAGAUGAGUCCACUGCAGCUGGAAGCAUGCAGAUGUGUAGAUGGGAAUAUUGUGACUUGGAGAGAGCAAGAUUGGGAUUAUCAGAAGUGUCCACCGAUAGAGGAUGACAACUUUAUGUGUGAAUCGUCAAAAUAUAAAAUUCAAAUGAACACAGCUAUUGCACAAUAUCUCAAUAAUGAUUAUAAUGAAAAUGAUAUCCAGGAGAUUGUUCUAAUCUGGCUGAAACACGUUUUCCCUCAGAAAAUAUCAGUGCAUUCUGUGUUCCUAUCAAAUUUAAGCCCUCAAACAGGAGCUGGUUUAGCUGGACAAAAUGAGGAAAUUCAGGGUAUUGGAAAGCCACCAAUCAAGACACAAUGGUUUGAUUGUGUGGUGUUUGUGAGAAUGAUACCUGGAGCUGAUGUGAGUAAAACAGUGUCUAUGAUACAGGGGAUGCUAAUACCCAGCUAUAUCUACAAAAACAUCAUCCUAAAAACAAACCCAGCAUCUAUAAACAUCCUCUCAGUAGCCGUCUAUCCCAAUGUGACUUCAAAUCCUGCUUUGACCUCUGUUGCACCAGUCUUGUCUCAAACCACAAAGAGUCCCGAUACUGGAAGUACAAAUGUUACAACAUCAGGAACUCGCACAUCAUUACAAACACUGGCAAUGGAAAAUAUCUGUUCAAACACUUUAGGUUUCAUUUCAAACAGAGAUUUUGGAGAUAUGUUUUAUAGAGUUUAUCUCAAUCUAACAAUGAGUGGAAGCAUCACAGACCCUCAACACACUAUACAGCAAUGGCUUCAGCAAACACUGGGAAAAUGCAACAUGGACGUUUGGAAUCUUGUGAUAAAAGGAGCUCCUAAGUACGUCACUACUUUUCAGGUUCAGGCUAUGGCACCAGUGAAUGUCUCAGCAACAGAGAGGCUGAUUUUUGAACUCUUGACAAAAGGAUACACUAAUGCUACCAUCAGUAUCAGUGUCCCGUCUGGUGAAGUCAACAUCAUUCAUAUAGAUCCAGGCCUUUGUCCAGAGGAGACCAUGCUCACAGUGUAUGGUAUAUACAUGUGGCCCGAAAUGGCGGCUCAAAGCAAAUAUAGCAUGGGGUGUAUAAGAGGGAAUGAAAGUGCUACAAGGUUUUGUAAGUUAAAUGGGGCAAAUGACAGAGCAGCGUGGGAUCAUCCAGACAUGAGCAAGUGUAUAAGGACGGUUUCAGAUUUUGAUGAUUUGGAAAAUAUCACCGUUACAGCUGACAACUCAGCAGACAUUGUGGACAUGAUUGAGGAUCUUUUAAAUGAACAACCCGAUCUGACUGAUGCUCAGCUGGACAUUGUGCUUGAAAAACUGUCCGAGGUCACUGAAGUUGGAACCUUGACCACAGACCUGUCCAGCGACAUUACUAAAAUUGUUUCAGAUAUCUGUUAUAUCAAAACUAGUCCCACUCAAGUCAACAAAAUUCUUUCUAUUACAGACCUUAUGGGAGAUAGGACGGUGUUCGAGGGAGAUGCUCAUAACAUGACAGCACCUUCAUUAGCACUUCAACUGAUCAACCCUGACACCUCUCAGUUCCACGGCCUCACAUUCGAGGUUUCCUCCUUACUGAAUGAUAGCACCCCUGAGAUAUUUUAUGACAAGAACUUUACAGAGCAUCCAGACAAAGGAACUGUAGCGUUCAUUUCCUUAUCUCAUACAGUUGAGAGCUUUUUCCCAAACAAUGGAGCCAGACCUCGUGUACAGUUUCAUUUUUAUGGCACAGAAAAGUUCUUUGAGGACCCUACAGCCAACAUGACGCUGAACUCUUAUGUAGUAUCUGCCAGUGUCACCAAUGCCACAGUAAGCAACCUUGAGAUCCCAGUGAUGGUCACUCUCCGCCAUCUCCAAAACAAAGAGGACUGGGGCAUUGUCAAGUGUGUCUACUGGGACUUCAACAAAAACAAUGAGAAAGGUGGAUGGAAUGAUACAGGAUGUGAGACAGUAACGUCUAAUGCCACUCAUACGUCUUGUUCCUGUAAUCACCUCACACAUUUUGGAGUUCUUCUGGAUAUCUCUAAAACCCCAAUAAGUGCAAAAGAUGAAAGGAUUCUGACUAUCAUCUCAUACCUGGGCUGUGGCAUAUCCUCAAUCUUUCUUGGAGUCACACUGUUGACCUAUUUGGCCUUUGAGAAACUGAGGCGAGACUACCCUUCAAAGAUCCUUAUUAACCUCUCCAUAGCCUUGCUAGGGUUGAACAUGCUCUUCCUGGUGAACUCCUGGCUUGCCUCUUUUAACAGCAAUGCCAUCUGUAUUACCGUAGCAGCCUUUCUACAUUACUUCUUCCUGGCUACCUUUACUUGGAUGGGACUGGGUGCAAUCAACAUGUAUCUGGCCUUGGUCAAGGUCUUUAAUUCAUAUGUGCCAUCUUACAUCCUCAAAUUCUGUGCUCUUGGAUGGGGUUUACCUCUGCUGGUUGUAAGUUUAGUGCUUGCCAUUGAUAUAAAUUCAUAUGGCACCAGCCUCUCCAGAGCACUUUUCCAAGAAUCCACUGCAUUUUGCUGGUUAAAGAAUGACGUGACCUUUUAUGUGACGGUGGUUUCCUUUGUGACCCUGGUCAUGGUCUGUAACAUCUGCGUGUUUGCCGUGGUGCUGGUACAGAUCCAUAAAAUGCGGGCCAAUAAGCCCUCCAGCAGCCGAAAAGGGUUCCUGCAUGACCUGCGAGUGGUGGCCAGUCUCACCUUCCUGCUAGGACUUACCUGGAUACUAUCCUUUGUCGCUUGGGGCCCUGCCAAAACACCCCUGCUGUACCUGUUCUCUCUCCUCAACAGUCUUCAAGGUUUCUUUAUCUUCCUGUUUUACUGUCUGAUGAAAGACAAUGUAAGGAAGCAGUGGAGGAUACAUCUCUGCUGUGGAAGAUUCAGACAGACUGAAUAUUCAGACUGGAGCCGUUCUGUGACACUGGGGGCCAAAGCGAAAGGUGGUCUGCAAGUCUCCUCACCAUCCAUGAAGUCAGAGACUACCAGCGAAAGGAAGAGCUCUGAUACCUCAAACUCAGGGACCAGCCAUGAUGAAUUCAGAAAACGGCAAGCAAAAUUGAAUGGACACUUUACAAGAGGCCACAGCAGGAGCUGCGAAUGGCAGGGAAGCACCACAACUGACUCCCAUAGAACUUGUAGCCAUUGA